UUGGUUUUUCGCUUUUCCAAGAAAUGAUAGUUACACAAAGUAAUGCCAUUUCUCACUGAGGUGCAGAGUUCAACCUUUUGUUACUUCAACCUUUUGUUACAACCUUUUCCAUUCUCCAUUCUGCACCACCUUUUAGGAACUGUAGCAUUUUAAGCUGCUUUUCACCAUUUUUAGUUAUUUAAGGUUUUCUUUUUGUGUUUUAUGAACUUUAUUUGAUUUUUACUGUAUAACUCUUGUGACCCCAACUACCCAAGAAAGGUGUGAGACUCAGACAAAAAAAAUUGAAAACAGGAAAAAUCUGAAAAUCCACAAUUUUCUACUCAAAUCUACUGAUAUUGAUGUUGUAAACUUUCUUUUUACGUUUUGUUUCUUGGAAAAUGACAAAAAGCGCAAAAUUAACCCAGCAUGCAUUGCUUUAAAGUUGCAUCAUGGGAUAUCUCUACACCUUUCUUGUUGUAGGGGGUGAUGGGAGUCCCGCGCCGAACCCGAAUGAUCCAAUGAGCAGCACCGAAGUGUAUGCCUCCAUGAUUGGUCAAGAACUUGUGACAUCAUACCAGCAGGCUAUAUUGGCCAAUGGGGGAACACCACGCUCAGAUAGCUCAUCAGAAUCGAAACCAUCUCCACCAAUCAAAACAGAGCCAGUUAGAACUAAUGGAGUGCUCCCAGAUUCUGAAUUUUUCCGAGAACGCAAUGGACAUUUAUCACCGACAGAAAUAGCAGCUCUGAAUCAGCGGAAAUUAUCAACACGAGAAAGGGAAAGCCUGGAUUGCUCAAAUGGCCCAAUGUUAGAUACAUCCGAAGUUGCUUUACGUAUUAGAGACAUUUUAUCCUCGCAUAAUAUCGGGCAACGAUUGUUCGCUAAGCAUGUAUUAGGAUUAUCCCAAGGCACUGUUAGUGAGCUGUUGUCCAAACCUAAACAUUGGGAUAAACUUACAGAAAAGGGAAGAGAAUCAUAUCGUAAAAUGUACCAGUGGUCAUGUGAUGAUGCCAAUAUUAAUGAACUUAAAGCCAUAUCUCCGAAAAAAGGUGAGUUGUCAGACUGACAGGAAACCUAUCUUGUGAGGUUCUAUUACUGUACUCCGGGUAUUGUUCGCUUGCAAUUUAAUCUCGCUUUGUUCGCGAAUAUAGUAAAAUCACGAACAUUUAUCGUCGUGAAAUUUGUCUUAAAUCCCCGGGGAUUUUUACCCGGGACUUUUGAUAUGUUUUGUUCGGUGUAAAAUGUUUCGUUCAGUGUUGUUGGGCGAUAUUUCAAAAAAGGCCUAAAAUGUCUAACAUUUUGAAUUGGCUUAUUAGGCCAACAAAGGCAAGAACUGUUGAUGAUAAUGAUAUACUACAAAUUGAAGUUGAAAAAGCCAUUCAAGAAUAUUCAAAUAAAUGCCCUAAACGUGGGAAAUACAAACAUUAUUCGGAU